AAGUUUUUUUUUUAAAUAAAAAUUCGAAAGAUAUCAUCAGUUAUAUAGUCAAAACAUCAUAAAGAUAAAGAACAUUUCUUAUAAAUUGAAACAAAUAAUGAUAUACAAUACAACUGUUACAGUUACAGUCACACCUCCGCUCCCCCCUACUUAUAACAGUAAAAUCUUUCUUAAUUUACCUUUCUCUUUUGUUUCUCUCGCAAAAAUUCUUAUCUAAUUUAUUAUAGAAAUAUAAAUUUAAAAAUACUUUUAAGAAAUUUUUGGACUCUAAGUAGUUAGUGUUUGGAAAACUUUUAAACACUUCACACCAAAAUGACAGAUCGCAAACGUAUAACGGAAUCCAGCAGUAAUGUGGAAAUGGAUAGCUAUAGUCAAGGCUGUAGCAGCAGUGACUUUAAACUGAAAAAUAAACCUGUUUAUAAAUCCAAGAUCUUUAUAAUAGCCGUAUCAUUCUCGGCCAUACUGCUGGUGGUAAUGACAGUGGGUUUUGUUAUACAUCAUACCAUUAAUGCCAAUCAUCCGAUUAAUGGUUUAAUGGAGGAGGCUAGUGCCUUAGUAAUGAGCCUACCAGAGGCCCAACAGGAAUGGUUUGAACGCGGCACUUUGGAGUUGCAAAAGGCUUUGAAGCGUAAACGUAAUAAGAGAAGAGCUAAAAAUGUUAUAUUGUUUGUGGGCGAUGGUAUGGGUCCGAAUACUGUGACAGCUGCUAGAAUUAUGGGCUUUUCCGAAGAGGGUUUAAUGUCUUGGGAAGAAUUUCCCGAUAUGGGUUUGUUAAAGACCUAUUGCGCUAAUAAACAAGUACCCGAUUCCUUUUCUACCGCCACCGCUUUAUUCUCGGGAGUUAAGGUUAACUACGAGACGGGAGGCGUAGAUGCCACCGUCAAUUUGGGAAAUUGUUCGGCUUCUUUAGAUGUAAAUCAUCAAGUUAAUUCUAUAUUAAAAUGGGCACAAGAUGAUGGCAUGUUAACGGGUUUUGUUACCAAUACCAGAGUAACUCAUGCCACACCGGCCGCUUUAUAUGCUCAUACCCCCGAUCGGCGCUGGGAAUGUGAACAAAAAAUGCCCAUCGAGGCCCAGAAUGAAGGUUGUAAAGAUAUAGCACGCCAGUUGAUAGAAGAUUUGACAGGUCAAAACAUUAAUGUCAUAAUGGGUGGUGGUCGUCAAAUGUUGGUUUCCAAUGUCUCAGAUACUCCUCUAGAUCCCAUCGAUACUUGGGCCUGUAAAUCCAAAGAUGGUCGUGAUUUAAUACAAGAAUGGUCUAACAUCAAAUCGCAACGUGAUCAGCCUCAUGUAGUGGCUCAAAAUACUGGUGAAUUGGAAGCCAUUAAUCCUUCGGAAGUAGACUAUAUUUUGGGUAUUUUCGCUAAUGGUCAUUUGAAAUUUGACUUUGAACGUGAUACCACGCCCGCCGGCAUGCCUUCACUUAAACAAAUGGUCUUAAAGGCUUUGGAAUUUUUCAAAACUAAAGAUGAACGUUUUCUCUUGGUGGUAGAGGGUGGCAUGAUUGAUCAGGCCCAUCAUAGGGGAACCGCCCGCAAAGCCUUAAAUGAGGUUUUAGCUUUCAACGAGGCCAUUAAUGCUAGUGUCCAAUAUUUGGGUGAUAAAUUGGAAGACACCUUGGUGAUAGUUACAGCUGAUCAUGCUCAUACUUUAACCAUUAAUGGUCAUGCUGCUAAAGGUGCGGAUAUUUUGGGUGUCGCAGGCAAUUCGAAGACAGAAGGUAUACCCUAUACUACAUUGACCUAUGGCACUACCUAUAAGGGUUUCCAGCCAGAUGCUAAUGGUUUAAGAAAAGAUCCCACUCUGCAGGAUACCACAGAUUGGGAGUAUACACAACAGGGUGUAAUAAAUACCGAUGAAAAUUAUCAUGGUGGUAGUGAUGUAACCAUACAUUCAGCGGGUGCCAUGUCUUAUCUCUUUCACGGUGUUCAUGAACAAUCCUAUGUCGCUCAUGCCAUCUCGUAUGCCUUGCGUAUAGGACGCUUCCGUGAUAGUGCUAUUGCUGAAUCUUUAGCUGAUAUGUUUCCUUUGUAAUCGCCGCGGGAAAACAAACCCCCACCCUCCUUCCUCUCCCCCUUUCAUUAGCAAAUAGAAAUCAAAACAAUUAAGAAACUCUUUACGAAUUAUCUCAAUCUAUGUGAUAUUAAAGUACAAUAGCUUUUAUUUUAAAAAAAAUAUAUUUUUU